AUGGGUAAGAGCGAGGAAAUUGAUGUCGCGCCGACACCAUCGCAUCAUCAUCAUGAAGUUGCUGGGCUCCAUCAUGCGGAGAAAGCGUGGGCUACGAGAGAACCUUAUGGGCCGGCUGGCUUCAGAGGUCUCUUCGCGAAUCAUUUCGUCGCUCUGUGUUCGGCCUUUGCAACUAUUGGCGGGCUCUUGUUUGGCUACGACCAGGGUGUGAUCUCAGUCAUUCUUGUGACAGAUCAAUUUCUCAACCGGUUCCCGCGCGUCUCGGAGACGGCUUCCGGGGCCGGCUUUUGGAAGGGCCUGAUUACAGCCAUGCUCGAGUUGGGUGCGCUCCUCGGCGCACUGUUCGCAGGUUGGUUGGCGGACAAGCUCUCCAGGAAGCGGUCAAUCGCCGUUGCUGUUGUGGUGUUUACGGUCGGGAGUAUUCUGCAGACCGCGGCUAUGGAGUAUGCGAUGCUCACAGUCGGACGGCUAAUAGGAGGAAUGGGUAUAGGAAUGUUAGCCAUGGUAUCACCUCUCUACAUUUCCGAGAUCGCUCCACCAGAAAUCCGCGGCGCGUUGCUCGUCCUUCAAGAGUUCAGCAUCGUUCUUGGUAUCGUUAUCGCUUUCUGGAUUACCUACGGCACUCGCUACAUGCGCAGCGAAUGGUCAUGGCGCCUUCCCUUCCUCAUCCAAAUGAUCCCCGGACUGGUCCUCGGUGCCGGGAUCCUCUUCUUGCCGUACUCUCCGCGCUGGCUCUCGAGCAAAGGCCGCGACAAAGAGGCGCUUGAAGUGCUCUCCGAGCUGCGCCGUCUACCACCCACUGACUCCCGCGUGCAGCAAGAGUGGUGCGAAAUCCGUGCCGAAGUCACCUUCAAGCAGGAGGUAAGCCGCGAGCGUCACCCGCACCUGCAGAAGCCUACGAGAGCGAAUCGCAUCAAGCUUGAAAUCGUCGCCUGGACGGACUGCUUCAAACAUGGAUGCUGGAGACGCACGCUUGUUGGCGUUUCCAUAAUGUUCUUCCAGCAAUUUGUUGGAAUCAAUGCCCUGAUUUACUACUCUCCUUCGCUAUUUAAGACGCUCGGCCAGGACUACGAUAUGCAACUUCUCCUUUCCGGAGUCAUAAAUAUAACCCAGCUCGUCGGUGUCGUUACUUCGCUCUGGACGAUGGACCAUUUUGGCCGACGACCCCUCCUGCUUGUGGGCGCUGGACUGAUGUUCAUUUCGCACCUCAUCAUCGCAGUUCUGGUUGGCAAGUUUGAUAACAGCUGGAGCAGCCACGCGACCGAAGGCUGGGUCGCGGUGGCCCUUUUGUUCUUCUAUAUGCUGAGCUUUGGCGCGACUUGGGGCCCAGUUCCUUGGGCAAUGCCUUCGGAAAUUUUCCCUUCGUCAUUGCGAGCGAAGGGUGUUGCUCUUUCGACGUGCUCAAAUUGGCUCAACAACUUCAUUAUCGGCCUCAUCACACCGCCGCUCGUCCAAAAUACCGGAUACGGCGCAUACACAUUCUUCGCGGUCUUCUGUCUUCUGGCAUUCGUCUUCACGUUCUUCUUCAUUCCUGAGACAGCCGGUAGGAGCUUGGAGCAGAUGGAUCAGGUGUUCAAGGAUGUUAGCAGCGAGGCUGAGGAAGCACGGAAGGCGAGGAUUGAGCGGGAGAUUCUUGAAGGGAAUAGGGAUGCUGUUGCGCCGUCCCCCUGAGCGGGAUAAGGUGCUUUGGGGGGCAUGGAGCGCUUCAGCGGCUGGUGCACAUCUUACUGGGCUGUGCAAAAUCCGCUGAAGGCCUUCAGGGUGAGCUUUAAGGCGGUUAG